CCGAGUCGAAAAUCGAAACCACUUCACUUGUAUAAUAACCACCGGUGUUUCAAUCUAUGAUGGCCGAUGAACUCGAACAGUUUUUAGCUUUUGUUUUAAACAGAUCUGAAGAAAUUCGUUUGCUGGAAAACACAAGCGCUUCGGAUAAUUUUCUCUCUGAAUUAUUGAAACACAUUGAUUUACUUGGUAAGACCGUACAGUUACUGAAUGAAAUCAAAGAUUUUGUGGAUGCUCCUGCAGUUCACUGUGCUUCUGAGCCUGACUCACACAAAUGGCGGGAAUUGAUCGACAUUUAUUGUAAAAUUGAAAAUGAAUUCAUUCGCCUCUUCCAUCACGAAGCGACCCGAAUUACUGUUACAUGUCAUCUGCCACCACUAAUAGAGGAAACUAAACGUCCUGGCAGGCCGUGUUAUUACAUUCCAAAGGACUCUUUGAUAGAAUUGCGAGGUCUUAAUUUUUCUUGGAGCAAGAUCUCCAGUAUGUUUCGCGUAUCCAGGUGGACUAUUAUGCGUCGUGUCAACGAGUAUAACCUUUCAAAUUUACAAAGGUUUUCCAUAAUUUCGGAUGAGGAAAUUGACGAAAUUGUAAGGGAGUACAUUUCCCGGCAUGGUUCAACCACUGGUGAACCAUUCAUGUCUGGCUACUUUAGAUCUUUAGGCCUUCAUAUACAAAGGCGAAGAAUUAGAGCGUCGCUGAACAGGGUAGAUCCUGAACACUCUGCGUUACGUUGGGGUGCUCUAGUUUCAAGACGAAAAUACUUUGUACGUUGGCCAAAUUCCCUUUGGCACUUAGAUGGCCACCAUUCCCUCAUCAGAUGGAAGUUUGUCAUACAUGGCUGCUGUGAUGGUAAAUCCAGAAAAAUUAUGUAUUUGAAGUGCAAUACAAAUAACCGUGCAGAAACUGUCCUGAAUUUAUUUCUAAGAGCUAUCAAUGAAAAUGAGGGAUUAUGGCCUUCUCGUGUCCGUGUGGAUUAUGGUGUUGAAAAUGUGCUGGUGUGCGAUGAGAUGGUUUCCCAGCGGGGCGAAGGACGAGGAAGUUACAUAGCUGGUUCAUCAACAAGUAAUCAAAGAAUUGAGAGACUUUGGCGCGACGUGUUUAGAUGUGUUUGCCACUUCUUUUACUAUACUUUUUAUGCUAUGGAACAGACAGCAAUUUUGGAUAUUGAAAACCCAAUCCAUAUGUUUGCAUUACACCAAGUAUUCACAAGUAGAAUAAAUACUGCUUUAGAUGAUUUUGCUGCAAUGUUUAAUAACCAUAGACUUUCAACUGAAAAUGGUUGGAGCCCUAACCAGAUCUGGCUAAAUGGAAUGCUAAAUGAAAACAAUCCAUUGCGCUUUAGUCAUGGAUUGGAUGACUUAGUUGUUGAUCAACAUUAUGGUGAAGAUCCUGAUGGCCCACGUCCUUUGUCAGAUGAUGAAGGUGUUGUUGUUGAACCAGUGCAAAUAAUAAAUGAGAGAGAAAUAUCUGAUUCAAUUUUGCAGCAAAUUAAUCUAAAUAGACCAUCAGAUAAAGCUGGUAUGGAUGUUUAUGCUGAUGUUUUAGCUCUAGUUGUGCAAAAUCUUGAGGAGUACAUUUAAAUGCAAUUUUGUCCAAUAGGAACACAACCUGUUAGUGUGUGUUUAAAAAAUCACUUCUUAAAAUCUAACAACUAAUAAAAAUAGAAAACCAUGAAAAAAUGAUAUAACAGACAAUCAAUUCUGCAAUGUACAGAACUAAAAUGUUGGUCUUUCAAUGC